AGAGAGCGAUCUAAAGAUGGCUGACAUGCUUCUGAGCGGCUGCUGGGAGGUCACAGAGAUGACGUCGAUGUGAAUCGCUGGUUCAAUUGGUGGAUGAAGAACCGCACAUUAGAAGUCAAAGAACUUGACAUCCUAUAAUCGCCUGAAAAUGAGGCGGCUUGGUGUCAGUCUCCUCCGCCUCUUCUGCCGGCCUCCAUCCAGCUGCCUGCUCCACAGCAGCGCCCCUGUUAGCCAGCACAUCCAGGACCUGAGUGGGCCUGAGCACAGUCUGCUGGACAGACUGUAUAAAGGACUGAUCUGCGGACAGAGAGCCUCCCUGGCUGAGUCCAUUACGCUGGUGGAGACUCAGCAUCCCAGGAAGAAGGAGCUGGCCCAGGUUCUGCUGCAGAAGGUGCUGGGCUUCAGGAGGAAGCAGGAGAGCAGCAAUGGAGGGAAGCCAGUGGCCUUCAGAGUAGGAUUAUCCGGUCCUCCAGGCGCUGGGAAGUCCUCGUUCAUUGAGGUGGUGGGGAAGAUGUUGACUGGGCGUGGCCAUAAAGUAGCGGUGCUGGCCGUGGACCCCUCCUCCUGCACCACAGGAGGGUCUCUGCUUGGUGACAAAACCCGUAUGACGGAGCUGUCCAGAGACAUGAACGCCUUCAUCAGGCCGUCGCCGGCCUCAGGAACGCUCGGCGGAGUCACACGCACCACCAACGAGGCUAUCGUCCUCUGUGAGGGGGCGGGCUAUGACGUCGUCCUUGUGGAGACUGUUGGUGUCGGCCAGUCUGAGUUUGCGGUGGCAGACAUGGUCGACAUGUUCGUGCUUCUGAUUCCACCAGCAGGUGGCGACGAACUGCAGGGCAUCAAGCGGGGCAUCAUAGAGCGAGCCGACCUGGUGGUGGUGACCAAGUCUGACGGAGACCUGCUGGUUCCAGCCAGGCGCAUCCAGGCCGAAUACACCAGCGCCCUGAAGCUGCUCAGGAGACAGUCCAGAUCCUGGAACCCCAAGGUGGUACGCGCCUCCGCCCACACCUUGGACGGCAUCACAGAGGUCUGGGCCAAGAUGGAGGCGUACAGAGACGCCAUGCUGAGCAGCGGCGAGCUGCAGGGCCGGAGGAGGGCCCAGCAGAAGGUCUGGAUGUGGAGUCUCAUCCAGGAGAACGUCCUCUUGCAUUUCCAGAACCACCCAGCUGUCAGAGAGGCUCUCCCCCUCCUGGAGCAGAAGGUCACCAGAGGAGUGGUCUCUCCAGGACUGGCUGCUGACCUGCUUCUCAAAGCCUUCUCAGAAUCGUCGCCGUAGCUGUGGACAGAACGUCUGAGCUGCUUUGGUUCUUCAUAGAGUCACAGAGGAACCAAGAGAACUUCUGUGACUUUAUGAUCUGAACAGAAAGAAACAUUUAUGUUAAAAGAAUCGUUUUAUUUCAAACUAUGACCAUUACAGCGGGAGAUGGUCCUUGGCCACGCCCCCUCCAUGGGCAUUCUUCCAGAUUCUCUGUAAGAAGUUCUCUGUUAGCAGCAGAUGUUGGAACCUUUUCUGUUCCGAUAUAAUUCAGAAGUUAAACCUUUUAGCAGUGGAGCUUAUUGGUUUUUAAACAUUUAAAAGCUAAAGGAGGCUUCAGGUUGAAUUAAUCAUGGAUGUCCUCUGCUGCAGAUGACUUUUAUUGUGAAAGUCUUUUAGAGAUGUUUCAUCCUGAUUAAAAACGUCACAUAAAAACCA